AUGUACCCACCCCUCCUUAAACCCAGUUUACCGAAUAUGGCAGUUCCAUUUAAAGAGCAGCGUCACUGCCGGACACUCAUUCAGUCUAUUGGAAACAACUACAGACUCCGUGCCCAGCACCUGAACCUGCAGAACCUGAAGAGUACCUUUCCUCAGGGACAACAUAAGAGAAGUCUUUUUGAAGCCUCCAGCAGUCCACCUAUGACACCUGAUGAGCAGCUCAGCAUUAUGCUAAGAGAAGAGGAGGAGAUGAGGGCCACACACCCCGGACCUACUAAAAGAGACUUGGAGAGGUACGCGUACUACAUCAACAAUGGAGUCCCCACCUCCACGUUGCCCCUCCCACCUCAACAGCAGAUGGUCAACAUCCUGCAGCGACUGCCUCCAGACCCUGAACAUAACAGGAAACGCUUUCAGGUUUUGAGGGAAGAAAUGAUACAGGAGGUCAAACAAUAUUAUUUCUUCAGUCUCAAGAAGGACAUAGUGGACUAUAUUCUAAUGGAUCCAUCUGAGUGCCAGCGACUGGCCAUAUCCUGCAUCCCGAAGCCUUUUCCCAGGAGGGUGAUUCGUGCACCAGUACCCUGGGCCCUUAGAAAGAAGGAAACCCAGAUUUGGCAGAAUCAGCAUCUUUGCACUGUCAGUCCUAUUAUGAUUAUGCUGCAGCAAGUCUGGAUAGACAGUUUCUCUUCCUUGAGGUUUGUGAAAUUGGAGGACCUGUUCUCCACCAACCUCCCACUCCCACCUUCAGAGUUUGAAGAUUUUGUCAAAAGACAGUGUCAAGCUACUAGAGAGGAGCUGCUUCAAACGUGGCUGCCUUGCUGUGAGUCCCUCCUUAAAACCAAUGAGAAACUGUGGAAGAAAAAGCAGAUGGGUCCAGCUGGUGUCCAGGAGUUCCUCAACUGUGUGACUGCUCUCAUGUCAUUGCACCUCCGAAGCUUGGUCACAGAAUCACUUCAGGACUUGCUACAAUUCUUCAUGAUACAUGAGAAUGGCAAUGACUUUGGGCUAGUGUUUGAUGACAUGAAAUACACUCAGCCCCAGGUACUGCUAGUAAAACUACAAGCGAGUGACGCUGGCAUCGAAUUUACUCCCAACUUUAAUAAUUGUUGGGAUUUUUGUAUUAGAAGGUCCUUUGAGACAAUUGUAACCAGUGCUCAGAACAUCCCAUCGGUGGAAGGUUGCAUCUCCCAAAAUAUCAAGAAUGCCCACCUUUCCAAUGUCCGCCAUGAUGAAUCAUUUUUCAAAAACAUUAUUACGAAAGCCAGAAAUAUUUGGGACAAGAACACAGUGGGACCUGAAAAGUACCUGAAAUGUCAUGCCAAAGGCAGCAAUCUACUUGGCGAUACAGCAAAGCAGGACAUAUCUGCAUUCCUCAGCAAGAAGCAGUCACUAGCAGGAUUAGCUGAAAAAAUUGAGAGCAUCAAUCAAUUAUGGAAUGAGGUUGCUUCACAGCACAUCACAGUGCCUUUGUCCAUGUUCUGUGUGGAUACUAGUGAUCUUAACGAUCACCUAUUUGUUUGUGCCGAGAGACUAAAAGACAGAAUAGUCAUGCCUGAAGUUGAGGAGAACCGGAGGCUUAACAAAGAGAUCUGUCAAAAGUACGAGGAGAUUACAGACACUGCUCGAGGUUCCCCUAAGACCACAGAGGAGUUGGUGUUUCUCAACCAGUACAUUGAAAAGAGCAAGGAUGUGACCAUUCAAAAGCUGAAAGGGGAUGUUGAAGCAGCAGCCUGCCGCCUUCGCUUUUUGAUGAACUUCGCCAGUCUGUCCUCUGAUGAUAUGGAGCUGAACGCCCAUGUUUUCCAGUGGCCCGAUCAGAUCCUGACUGAGCUUGAAAACAGCAAGGUUCGUCUGGCCAUCAUGAGAAAAAAGACUGAGAUCCAAAUCCAAACAAGGCUCUCUGAUUUUGUCCAGAAGCUGAAGGAUGUGGAGAAGCACAUAAAAUGUUUUGAGAAGAAGCAAGGGAUUUCCAUGUAUGAUGUAAAUUUAAAUGUAAAACAGAUCUCUGAAAUCACAUUCAACCUGGAGGCUGCUGUCACUGAGCUAGAGGAUACAAACAAAGAACAGGCUUUGCUUGGCAUGGAACAGAGUCAAUUCCCAAUACUCCAGGUUCUGAUCGCUGAGAAACAGCCUUAUGAGCAGCUGUGGAACACAGCGCUUAACUUUACUACCAUGUCAGAAAAAUGGAUGCAUGGUUCUUUCGUAGGUUUGGAUGCCGAGAAAAUCGCAGAUGAGCUAGACAUCAUGUUGAAGAUGAUAAAUAAAUUGACCAAGACUUUCUCACAGCUUUUUGGACCUUGCUGUGUUUCCAAAAGCUUCCAAAGUAAGAUGUACCAGUUCAAGGAGCAUCUGCCUGUCCUGAAAACCAUCUGCAACCCUGGCCUCAAAGAUCGCCACUGGGAGAAGAUUAGCAGCAUUGUGGGCUUUGAUGUCAAACCAGACGUAAACUCCUCACUGAUGAACAUGUUGAGCCAUGGGCUUUCCAGUUUUUCUAAGGACUUGGAAGAGAUUGGUGCAUCAGCAAGUAAGGAGUACUCUCUUGAAAAAUCUCUGGAUAAGAUGAAAGAAGAUUGGGCCAGUCUACAGCUGCCUCUCUGUGUCUACAGGGGUACCAAAAUUGUGUCUUCUCUGGAUGAUGUCCAAGUCCUUCUGGAUGAUCACAUCAUUAAGACGCAGACUAUGCGAGCCUCCCCUUUUAUUAAACCAGUAGAGACUGAGUGUAAGAAAUGGGAGGACAAGCUGCUGAGUGUGCAGGACAUUCUAGAUGCCAUGUUGAGGUGUCAGGCUACAUGGCUCUACCUGGAACCCAUCUUCAGCUCAGAGGACAUCAUUGCUGAGAUGCCUGAGGAGGGCCGCAAGUUUGUCAUUGUUGACAACUGCUGGAAGAGUAUCAUUGCUGAAGCCGAAAAAGAUACACAUGUUCUGGUGGCGACAGACCAGUCCAAUAUGCUGGAACGGCUGGAGGAGUCCAACAAGUUCCUGGAUGACAUUCAAAAAGGCCUCAACACUUACUUGGAAAUGAAGAGGCUCUUUUUUCCAAGAUUCUUCUUUCUGUCAAAUGAUGAACUGCUGGAGAUUCUGUCACAGACCAAAGAUCCCCUUUGUGUACAACCCCACCUGAAGAAGUGCUUUGAGGGCAUCGCUAAGCUGGUGUUUACUGAGGACAAGGAGAUUACUGGCAUGAUCAGUUCUGAAAAGGAGACAGUUCCUUUCAUAGAAAAGAUUGACCCAGCCCAAGCAAACGGAAUGGUGGAGAAGUGGCUGCUGCAGGUGGAGAACUUGAUGCUCAAAAGUGUUCGGCAUGUCAUCCAUCAAGGAGUAUUGCAGUAUGAAGAGUUGCCCCGGAAGAAAUGGGUGUUGCAGUGGCCUGGCCAAGUUGUCAUUUGCGCCUCCUCCAUUUUUUGGACAAGUGAAGUGUCUGAGGCCAUCCAAACCAACUCUCUGCCUGCUUAUGUGGAGAAGUGUAAUGCCCAGAUUGCUGACAUUGUGGAGCUGGUGCGUGGCAAGCUUCCAGGAGGGACAAGGAUGACCCUUGGUGCUCUUACUGUCAUAGAUGUGCACGCUCGGGACGUGGUGGCAAAAUUGGCAGAGGACCGCAUCUCCUCACUGGAUGACUUUGCAUGGAUUUCUCAACUGCGAUACUUUUGGGAAGAUGGAGAGGUGAUGCUGCGGAUGAUCACCACCUACCUAAAAUAUGGCUAUGAGUACCUGGGCAAUUCUCCUCGCCUGGUCAUUACACCGUUAACUGAUCGCUGCUACAGGACUCUAAUGGGGGCUUUGAAGUUGAACUUAGGAGGAGCUCCUGAGGGUCCUGCUGGAACUGGCAAGACUGAGACCACAAAAGAUCUCGCAAAGGCGUUGGCUAAGCAGUGUGUGGUGUUCAACUGCUCUGAUGGUCUGGACUACAAAGCCAUGAGUAAGUUCUUUAAAGGACUGGCACAGUCUGGAGCUUGGGCCUGCUUUGAUGAGUUUAAUCGUAUUGAGGUAGAGGUACUCUCUGUGGUGGCUCAGCAAAUACUCUCCAUACAACAAGCUAUUGCCAAGAAACUUGAGACUUUCAUGUUUGAGGGGACGGAGCUUUCCCUCAACCCAACCUGUUCUGUCUUCAUCACCAUGAAUCCAGGUUACGCUGGCAGGGCUGAGCUUCCCGACAACUUAAAGGCUCUUUUCCGUACAGUUGCUAUGAUGGUGCCAGACUAUGGUCUCAUUGGAGAGAUCUCAUUAUACUCCGUGGGGUUCAUUGACUCGCGCAGUCUUGCCCAGAAGAUAACGGCCAGCUACCGUUUGUGCUCCGAGCAGCUGUCGUCCCAGUCCCAUUACGACUACGGUAUGAGAGCUGUGAAGUCUGUGCUGACGGCUGCUGGGAAUCUUAAGCUAAGAUACUCUGAGGAGAAUGAGAGUGUGCUGUUGCUCAGGGCGCUGAUGGAUGUCAACAUGGCAAAGUUUCUGGCACAGGAUGUGCCAUUGUUUCAGGGUAUCAUCUCUGAUUUAUUUCCUGGAGUUGUCCUUCCAAAACCAGACUACGAUCACCUCCUGAAGGCUCUCAGUGACAACAUUGCAAAGCUUAACCUCCAGCCUGUUCCUUGGUUCAUUGGGAAAAUUAUUCAGGUGUAUGAGAUGAUGUUGGUACGUCAUGGCUUCAUGAUAGUCGGAGCCCCUCUUGGAGGGAAGACCUCUGCUUAUAAAGUUCUUGCUGCUGCCCUCAGAGACCUUUAUAAAGCCAAACUGAUGGAUGAGUUUGCAGUGAAUUAUUGCAUCCUCAACCCCAAAGCCAUCACUAUGGGCCAACUGUAUGGCUGCUUCAAUCCAGUCAGCCAUGAGUGGUCUGAUGGUGUCCUGGCCACAACUUUCAGGAAUCAGGCUAGCUCCACCUCAGACGAUCGACAAUGGAUCAUUUUUGAUGGGCCAAUUGAUGCUGUCUGGAUUGAGAACAUGAAUACUGUACUGGAUGACAACAAAAAACUUUGUCUGAUGAGUGGUGAGAUCAUUCAGAUGAGUUCCAAGAUGAGUCUGAUCUUUGAAGCUGCUGAUCUCGAGCAAGCGUCUCCAGCAACCGUCAGUAGGUGUGGUAUGAUUUACAUGGAACCUGAGGAGCUGGGAUGGGCUGCUUUAAGAGAUUCCUACAUGAACACAUUGCCUGAAGGCCUGGCUGUUGAGCAUAGACAGCUGAUCACGGACCUGUUUGAUUGGUUAGUUCAGCCCAGCCUGGACUUUAUCCAUAGAGAGUGCCGCCUCGUGGUACAGACAUCUCCCAUCCACUUAGUCUACUGUCUAAUCAAGCUGUACACCUGCCUGAUGGAUGAACUUUCUACACCAACGACCAAUAUGUCCAACGAGCAGAUAACCAUGUGGCUUCAGGGCCUUUUCCUCUUUGCUGUUGUGUGGUCUCUGGGGGGGACCGUUACAGGGGACAGUCGUAAGAAGUUUGAUGUCUUCUAUCGCGACCUGAUCACGGGCAUGGAUGUUGAACACCCUCCACCCAAGAACAUCAAGUUCAAAAAGAGCACCAUCUUCCCACAGAGAGGUUCUAUUUAUGACUACUAUUUCCAUAAGGAAGGGCAAGGACAGUGGAAAGUCUGGACUGAAACUAUCACUAAUGAGGAGAAUACCAUACCAGCUGGAGCCAAUGCGUCGGAUAUAAUCGUUCCCACCAUGGAAACAGCACGCCAGCUAUUUUUUCUGCACACCUAUCUAUCACAUGAAAUACCCAUGCUCUUUGUGGGACCCACUGGCACUGGCAAAUCUGUCAUCAACAAAAACUUCUUGGUCAAGCUGCCUAAGGAGCACUACACACCCAACUGCAUCAAUUUCUCUGCCCGCACUUCAGCUAAUCAGAUCCAAGACAUCAUCAUGGCAAAGCUGGACAGAAGGAGAAAAGGUGUCUUUGGGCCUCCAAUGGGAAAGAAGUGUGUCAUCUUUGUCGAUGACCUGAACAUGCCAGCUAAGGAAAAAUAUGGUGCCCAACCCCCAAUUGAGCUGUUAAGACAGUGGAUUGACCAUCACCACUGGUAUGAUUUGAAGGAAACCUCCAGGCUGGACAUUGUUGAUGUGCUGUUUCUGUCUGCAAUGGGGCCUCCCAGUGGUGGGAAGAAUGACAUUACUGGCCGUUUUACUCGUCACUUGAAUAUCAUCUCAUUUGAUUCCUUUGAUGAUGAAACACUUACCAAGAUAUUCGGCUCCAUUGUUGAUUGGCACUUCAGCAAAGGGUUUGAUGCUUCUUUUUUCAGGCUUGGCAAGAUCAUGGUCCAGGCUACUAUAGCUGUUUAUAAGAAUGCUAUUGACAGCUUUCUUCCCACACCAUCUAAGUCUCACUACAUCUUUAACCUCCGAGACUUUGCUCGAGUAAUACGAGGUGUGCUACUGGCUCCACAUACACACAUGCAGGAUGGAAAUAAACUGAUCCGUCUGUGGAUACAUGAGGUCUACCGUGUUUUUUAUGACCGACUCAUAGAUAACGAAGACAAAGAAACAUUUUUUAAUAUUGUCAAAGAAAACACCUCAAACUUCUUUAAGUUGAGUUUGGAAAAGCUCAUGAGCCACCUCAGUCCAGAUGGGAAUGUAGCAGAUGAAAUUAUCCGUAGCUUGUUCUUUGGUGACUACGCCAAGCCCGAUUCUGACAUGAAGGUCUAUGAUGAAGUCACCGACUUGCAUGCUCUGCAAGAAGUAAUGGAGUUCUACCUGGAUGACUACAACAGUAACAGCAAGACGCCCAUGUCUCUUGUAAUGUUCAAGUUUGCUAUUGAGCACAUUUCCCGCAUUUGUCGUGUGUUGAAACAAGACAAUGGUCAUCUUCUCCUCGUCGGUGUUGGUGGCUCAGGGCGUCAAAGUGCCACUAAGCUGAGCACAUCUAUCAACGAUUAUGUCCUGUUCCAAAUCGAGCUGACCAAGAACUACAGCAUGUCAGACUGGCGUGAUGACCUCAAACGAAUGAUGCUUAAGGCAGGCAUUGAGGGCCAGAGUCUUGUGUUUCUGUUCACUGACAGCCAAAUCAAGGAUGAGGCAAUGGUCGAAGACAUCGACAUGUUGCUCAACACGGGUGACGUGCCAAAUAUAUUUGCUCCUGAUGAACGAGCAACUAUUAUCGAGAAAGCGCAGGGUGUUGCACGAAUGGCAGGUGUAAGAAUUGACACAACCCCACUCUCUGUGUAUAACUUCUUCAUUGAUCGUGUCAAGGCCAAUCUUCACAUUGUGCUAGCCAUGAGCCCCAUCGGUGAUGCAUUCAGGAAUCGUCUAAGGAUGUUCCCGUCCCUCAUCAAUUGCUGUACAAUUGACUGGUUUCACGCGUGGCCCAAAGAUGCUCUGGAAAUGGUGGCCCACAAGUUCCUGGAGAGUGUGGAAAUGGAGAGUGAUAUAAAGCUGGAGGUGGUGGAGAUGUGCAAGACCUUCCAGACAAGUGUUAGAGAGAUGUCUCAAAGUUACUUCUCCACGUUAAGGAGAUACAACUAUGUCACGCCCAGCUCUUACCUUGAACUCAUCCUUACAUACAAGACUUUGCUCACCGUAAAUAGGACUGAAGUGAAUACAGCAAAAAAACGCUAUGUUGUUGGUCUAGAGAAAUUGGAAUUUGCUGCUUCUCAGGUUUCAGUGAUGAAACAGAAACUGACAGCCUUACAGCCAGAGCUUAUUCGAACCUCAGCUGAGACAGACAGUAUGAUGGUCAAGAUAGAGGGGGAAACAGUAGAGGUGGAUGCAAAGAAAAAGCUUGUGUCAGCUGAUGAAGAUGUGGCUAAUGAAGCAGCAGUUGCAGCCCAGGCCAUUAAGGAUGAGUGUGAGGCAGAUCUGGCAGAGGUAAUGCCUAUACUGAAGGCAGCUCUGGCUGCCUUGGACACUUUGAAGCCUUCGGACAUUACAGUAGUAAAGUCUAUGAAAAACCCACCAGGUCUUGUCAAACUUGUGAUGGAGUCCAUCUGUAUCAUGAAAGGCAUCGCUCCUGAAAGAAAACCUGAUCCAAGUGGCUCCGGUAAAAUGGUUGAGGAUUUCUGGGGGCCGUCCAAGAAACUCCUUGGAGACCUGAAGUUUCUAGAAAGUCUCAAAGCCUACGACAAGGACAAUAUUCCUGCACCGUACAUCAAGAAGAUCAGAGACAAGUUUAUUAAUAACCCUGACUUCCAACCAUCUGUCAUCAAAAACGUGUCCUCAGCAUGUGAGGGUCUCUGCAAGUGGGUGCGUGCAAUGGAGGAGUAUGAACGUGCAGCCAAGAUUGUGGCCCCUAAGAAGGAGCGACUGAAACUGGCUCAGGAAGAACUGACUCUACAGAUGGAAGUGUUGGCUGUGAAAAGAGCUGAGCUGAAAGAAGUGGAAGACAGACUUAAGUGUCUAAAUGAUACUUUUGGAGAAAUGAUUCAAAAGAAGAAAGACUUGGAGGACAACAUUAAUCUGUGUUCACAAAAACUGAUCAGGGCAGAAACAUUGAUUGGAGGACUGAGUGGGGAAAAGGAUAGGUGGACAGAGGCUGCAAGGCAACUGGAAAUUAGAUACACCAGUCUGACAGGCGACAUCCUCCUCUCCUCUGGGACUGUGUCUUACCUUGGAGCUUUCACAGUAGAUUAUCGUGUGAAGUGCCAGAAACAGUGGCACCUUCUGUGUCAAGAGAAGAAAAUUCCCUGCUCUGAGGACUACACCCUUAUUAACACUCUGGGUAACCCGGUGGCUAUCAGGGCAUGGCAGAUUGCUGGACUACCAGUGGAUUCUUUCUCCACAGAGAACGGCAUCAUUGUGUUUAACUCCCGACGAUGGCCCCUGAUGAUUGAUCCACAAGGCCAAGCCAACAAGUGGAUCAAGAACAUGGAGAAGGCUAAUAAACUUGCUGUCAUCAAACAGUCAGAUGGAAAUUAUGUGAGGACCUUAGAGAGCUGCAUCCAGUUUGGGACCCCAGUUCUUCUAGAACAUGUUGGAGAGGAACUUGAUCCGGUACUUGAUCCUGUGUUGCUGAAGCAGACCUUCAAACAACAGGGUGUGGAAUACAUGAAGAUAGGGGAGAAUAUUGUGGAAUAUUCUCCAGAUUUUCGGUUUUACUUGACCACUGGACUGAGGAACCCUCAUUACCUCCCUGAAGUGGCUGUGAAGGUCUGUCUUCUGAACUUCAUGAUUACUCCACAAGGCUUACAGGACCAGCUUUUGGGACUUGUAGCAGCUAAAGAGAAACCAGAACUGGAGGAGAAGAAGAACCAGCUCAUUAUGGAGAGCGCUGCCAACGCUAAGCAGCUGAAGGAAAUUGAGGAUAAAAUCUUAAAAGUGCUCUCCUCCUCUCAGGGGGACAUCCUAGAAGAUGAGACUGCUAUUAACAUCCUGUCAUCCUCUAAAAUACUCUCUGAGGAGAUCUCUGAGGAGCAAGAAAUUGCCAGUGUCACUGAGAAAGAGAUUGAUGACACUCGCAUGGGCUACCGUCCUGUAGCUGAGCACUCUGCCAUCUUGUUUUUCUGCAUCUCAGAAAUGGCUAACAUCGAGCCCAUGUACCAGUACUCCUUGAUGUGGUUCAUCAACCUCUACAUUCAUUCCAUCUCCGAGAGUCAAAAAAGUGAGGACAUAGCCGAAAGAAUCACUAGCAUCGUCGAGCACUUCACCCUCAACAUCUACCAUAACGUCUGCCGCUCACUUUUUGAGAAGGACAAGCUGCUCUUUUCACUCCUGCUCACUGUAGGCAUCAUGCAGGGUAAGGGCCAGGUUGACGAUCAAGUCUGGCGUUUCCUCCUAAGUGGUGGCAUUGCUUUGGAUAACCCGCAUCCUAACCCUGCCCCGGACUGGCUGUCUGACAAAGCUUGGUCAGAGAUUGUUCGGGCCUCCAAACUUCCAAACCUGGAUGGGUUUUUUAAGCAUGUCCAAGAUAACACCUUAAAAUGGAAGACUCUUUACGAUUCAGGAAAGCCUGAUAAGGACCAGUUCCCUGACCAGUGGAGUAAGUUGGUGGGACUGGACCGAAUGGUGGUGAUCAGGUGCUUCAGGCCAGAUAAACUGGUCCCAGCUGUGCAGGAUUUUAUAGUGGGUAACAUGGGACAACCUUUCAUUGAACCACCCACCUUUGACUUGGCCAACUGUUACAAAGACUCAAGCUGUUGCUCUCCUCUCAUCUUUGUGUUAUCCCCGGGAUCUGAUCCAACUGCAGGUCUGCUGAAGUUUGCAGAUGACCUCGAAAUGGGAGGUAGUAAGAUCCAGACCAUUUCUCUUGGUCAAGGACAGGGACCCAUAGCUGCUCAGAUGAUUAACAAAGGUGUAAAGGAGGGCACCUGGAUUGUACUGCAGAACUGCCACUUGGCCAGCAGCUGGAUGCCCACGUUGGAGAGAAUCUGUGAAGAAACCAUCACCCCAGAGAACACACAUCCUAGGUUUAGGUUGUGGUUAACCAGUUACCCAUCUGACAAGUUCCCAGUUAGCAUUCUGCAGAAUGGGAUGAAGAUGACGAAUGAGCCUCCUAAAGGGAUUAGAGCCAACCUGUUGCGCUCUUAUCUGAGUCACCCCAUCUCUGAUCCGGACUUCUUUGGCAGCUGCAAGAAAGAGGUCAUUUGGCAGAAGUUCCUUUUUGGGCUCACUUUUUUCCACGCUCUGGUGCAGGAAAGGAGGAACUUUGGACCCUUGGGUUGGAAUAUUCCUUAUGAGUUUAAUGAUUCUGACUUGCAAAUCAGCACUAAGCAGAUCCAGAUGUUCCUUGAUGACUAUGAUGACGUCCCACUAGAGGCACUCACAUAUCUUACAGGCGAGUGCAACUAUGGUGGCAGAGUGACAGAUGACAAAGACAGACGUUUGCUGCUCUCACUUCUGUCUAUCAUCUAUUGCCGGGACCUGAUUGAACAGGACUGCUACCACUUGUGUGACGGGGAUCUGUUUUAUGUUCCUGCUCAUGGACCCUAUCAGGUGUAUGUUGACUACAUACGGACCCUGCCAAUUAGUGCUGAUCCUUUUGUAUUUGGACUUCACAGCAACGCAGACAUCACAAAGAAUAAUCAAGAGACCAAUCAGCUCCUGGAGGGAGUGUUGCUGACUCUGCCAAGGCAGUCUGGUGGUGGGGCCAAGUCCCCUCAGGAUGUAGUGGAGGAGCUUGCAGAGGACAUUUUAUCUAAGCUGCCAGCAGACUUUGACUUACAAAUGGUGAUAGAAAGAUACCCAGUCAUCUAUGCAGAGUCUAUGAAUACCGUUUUGACGCAGGAAAUCAUCCGCUUCAACAGACUUACAGAUGUGGUGCGUGUCAGCUUGAUAAACAUCUGCAAAGCUUUGAAGGGCCAGAUUGUCAUGUCCUCUGAGCUUGAGGAUGUAUUUAACAGCAUGAUAUUGGGCAAGGUGCCCACCAUGUGGAUUGCAAAGUCAUACCCCUCUCUCAAACCACUGGGGGGCUACGUGACCGAUCUAUUAGCGAGGCUACAGUUCCUACAAGACUGGGUUGAUAAGGGCCCCCCCAGUGUCUUCUGGCUCUCUGGCUUUUAUUUCCCUCAGUCAUUUCUAACUGGAGUGUCUCAGAACUUUGCCAGGAAACACACUAUUCCCAUUGACUACAUUGGUUUUGAAUUUGAGAUUACCAAAGAAGAGACCCAUGUGGAUGAAAAGCCAGAGGACGGAGCAUAUGUGAAGGGUCUCUUCAUGGAAGGGGCACGCUGGGACAGGCAGAAUAUGGUCAUAGCCGAGUCCUUACCCAAGAUUCUCUUUGACACAUUGCCCGUCAUCAAGCUCAAACCAGGUGAAAUGACCAAAUUUCAACAUGAGAACAUCUAUGCUUGUCCUGUUUACAAAACCAGUGCUCGUCGAGGGACCUUGUCCACCACUGGGCAUUCCACCAACUAUGUCCUGUCUAUGGAGCUGCCCUCUGACAAGCCACAGAAACACUGGAUUAACCGAGGAGUGGCAUGCCUCUUGCAGCUGGAUGACUAAGAAUUA